AUGUCGUCCGGACACGGCGACGCGAAGCUCUUCGCCAGAGGCAAAGUGGCCGAGCUACGUCAAGAACUUACCAACCCAGGCAAGAAAGACAAAAAUCACGCUGCGAAAAAGAAUGCGCUCAAGAAGAUUGUGGCAAAUAUGACCAUGAGCAACAACGACAUGGUUGCGCUCUUUCCAGAUAUCGUCGCCUGCAUGCAAAUACCAGUAUUGGAAAUCAAGAAGAUGUGUUUCUUGUAUCUUCAACACUACGCUCGUAUGAAACCGGAAAUAGCCCUGCGGGCUUUACCAUUUCUCCAAGAUGACAUGCAAGAUCCAAAUCCAUUGAUUCGAGCGCUAGCUCUCCGGACAAUAUCUUAUAUCCACGUCCGAGAGUUUGUCGAAGGGACCAUAGGUCCCCUGAAGAAGUUAAUGUCAGACCAAGACCCCUAUGUUCGCAAAACAGCCGCCAUUACCGUGGCCAAAGUCUACGACCACGACAAGAGACUCGUCGAAGGUUCCGACUUGAUAGACAGACUCAAUCGAAUGCUCCAGGAUGACAACCCAACGGUAGUCGCCAGUUCUUUAGCGGCACUUCAAGACAUCUGGGAGCGCAGCGAGAACAUCAAGUUAACCAUCGACUACACGAGCGCAUCAAAAAUCGUCGCUAUUCUUCCAGACUGCAACGAAUGGUCCCAAACCUAUGUUCUUGAAGCUCUCGUCUCAUAUGUGCCGCAAGAAUCAGGGGAAGCACUGCUCCUGGCAGAACGAAUUGCAUCUCGUCUAUCUCAUUCGAACUCCAGCGUCGUCCUUACUUGUAUCCGAGUCAUCAUGUACCUCAUGAACUACAUCUCCGAUCAACGCAAGGUCGAUGAACUCGCCCGUAAACUCUCUCCACCUCUGAUCACUCUUCUUUCCAAGCCACCAGAGAUUCAGUACCUUGCUCUUCGCAAUGCCAUCCUCAUACUCCAGCAACGCCCCGAAGUCCUUCAGAACGAUAUCCGCGUCUUCUUCUGUAAAUACAACGACCCGAUCUUCGUCAAAGUCACCAAACUCGAAUUAAUCUUUAUGCUCGCCAAUAAGAGCAAUAUCUCCGUCGUCCUGAAUGAGCUCCGGGAAUAUGCCACCGAGAUCGACGUGCAAUUCGUUCGAAAAGCGGUUCGAGCGAUUGGCAAACUUGCUAUCAAAAUUGAACCAGCAGCUCGACAGUGUAUUGACACGCUUCUGGACCUUGUAAAUGCCAAGAUUCCGUACAUUGUUCAAGAAGCUACAGUGGUGAUCAAGAACAUUUUCCGCAAAUACCCCAAUCAAUACGAGUCCGUGAUUUCGACUGUCAUAGGCCAGAUCGACGAGCUCGACGAGCCGGAGGCCAAAGCAGCGAUUAUUUGGAUUAUAGGAGAGUACGCCGACCGUAUCGACAAUGCCGAUACGUUACUUCAAGACUACUUGUCAACGUUCCAUGAAGAGCCUAUCGAGGUUCAACUAUCGCUAUUGACUGCCACCGUCAAACUCUUCCUCCACCGACCAACAAAAGGUUCAUCAAUCGUACCACAAGUUUUAAAAUGGUGCACCGAAGAGACAGACGACCCCGAUCUUCGUGAUCGGGGCUUCAUGUACUGGCGCCUGUUGUCUACAGAUCCGGUAGCUGCAAAGAAGGUGGUCAUGGGCUCCAAACCUCCAAUUUCUGCAGAAAGCGAGAAGCUUGACCCAAGUACCCUGGAGGAGUUGUGCCUGGGUAUCGGCACGUUGGCGACAAUUUAUCUCAAGCCUGUGCAGCAGGUGUUCCGUGCAGCUCGACCCAGACGUCUGCACGAAUCGCCUGCCCUUCAACGGCGCAAGCAGGACUUUCAUCGUGCACUUGUUUCGCCAGCAAUGAAUUUGGCGAACCCAUUGUCACUCAGCACUGGCCCAACCUCGCCUGGUGGUACUCCCUUACCAGGCCACCAAGCCGCGAUUGCGGCUGCAGAUGACUACUUCAAGAAUCUCAGCCUGAGCGAUAACAGUGGCGGUGAUAUCUUGACAAGCCCUGGUGCAAAUGAUAUUGGUGGCAAUCCAUAUGUUGUCAGCCAAAAUGCGCCGCAACAGGUACUUCGCCCACAGACGAAUAUCGCGCAGAACGGGGAUUUGCUUUUGUAG